CCUAGACCAAACUCAUUCACACAUGGUGUCCUAUGUAUGUCUGUGUGCCACCUUUUUCGUCUUAUAUAAUAUAAUAAUCUCUUCAGAUGCACCACUCUUCCCUCACACCCUUCACUACUAACAAUGCAGGUAACAGACGUUAUUCUACUGGGCCUGUGCUUGCUCUUCCUCCGCUGGUGGUGGCGCCGAUGGUCCACCACCGGCGGAGGCCCGAAGAACCUCCCUCCAGGCCCGCCCGGAUGGCCCAUAGUCGGGAACCUCUUCCAAGUGAUCCUGCAGCGCCGUCAUUUCAUUUACGUGAUCCGCGAUUUACAUAAAAAAUACGGCCCAAUCUUCACCAUGCAGAUGGGUCAGCGCACGUUGAUAAUCGUGAGCAGCGCGGAGCUCAUCCACGAGGCGCUGAUCCAGCGAGGCCCAUUAUUCGCGAGCAGGCCCAAAGACUCCCCCAUCCGGCUGAUCUUCAGCGUGGGGAAGUGCGCCAUCAACUCCGCCGAGUACGGCCCUCUCUGGCGCACCCUAAGGAAGAACUUCGUGACCGAGAUGAUCACCCCUCUGAGGAUAAAACAGUGCAGCUGGAUACGAAAAUGGGCCAUGGAGGCCCACAUGAGAAGGAUCCAACAAGAGGCCCGCGAGCAAGGGUUUGUUCAAGUUAUGAGCAACUGCAGGCUCACCAUCUGCAGCAUCCUCAUCUGCAUCUGCUUCGGCGCCAAGAUCGAGGAGAAAAGAAUCAAAAGCAUAGAGAGCAUUUUGAAAGAUGUCAUGCUCAUCACGCUUCCCAAGCUUCCAGAUUUCUUACCGGUUUUCACUCCGUUGUUCCGCCGUCAGGUGAAGGAAGCUGAGGAGUUAAGGAGGAGGCAGGUGGAGCUGUUGGCGCCGUUGAUAAGGAGCAGAAAGGCUUACGUGGAGGGAAAUAACAGUGACAUGGCGAGUCCUGUUGGUGCUGCUUACGUGGACUCCUUGUUUGGUUUGGAGGUGCCUGGACGAGGACGCUUGGGGGAGGAGGAGCUCGUGACGCUAGUGUCGGAGAUUAUCAGCGCCGGCACGGACACAAGCGCCACCGCGCUGGAGUGGGCGCUGCUUCAUUUGGUUAUGGAUCAAGAGAUUCAAGAGAGGCUGUACAGGGAGAUUGUGGGGUGCGUGGGGAAGGAUGGUGUGGUUACGGAGAGUCACGUGGAGAAGAUGCCUUACCUGAGCGCCGUCGUCAAGGAGACUUUCCGGAGACAUCCGCCGAGCCACUUCGUGCUGUCGCACGCCGCCACGGAGGAGACGAAGCUGGGAGGGUAUACGGUGCCGAAGGAGGCGAGCGUGGAGUUUUACACGGCGUGGUUGACGGAGGAUCCGAGUAUGUGGGAGGAUCCGAAUGAGUUCCGACCCGAGAGGUUUAUGAGUGGGGAUGGGGUUGACGUGGACGUGACGGGGACGAAAGGGGUGAGGAUGAUGCCGUUCGGUGUUGGGAGGAGGAUUUGCCCAGCGUGGACAAUGGGGAUUUUGCAUAUAAAUAUGCUGCUGGCUAAGAUGGUGCAUGCUUUCCACUGGCUGCCCAAUCCCAACUCUCCACCCGACCCGACUGAGACCUUCGCUUUCACUGUUGUCAUGAACAACCCUCUCAAGCCACUUAUUGUGCCACGAUCCAUUUAACUUAUACUUAUAGUGCUCCUUCUCUGCAAACUAAGGAAUAUAUCUGCUUCUAAAAUAACAUAUGAGCACAAGGCUUUUUUGGAAGAUUGCUGAUUGCAGUUUGUUGCCAUCGAAUUCCAACCUUCGUUUAUCGCAUAAGAUAUUGCACAAUUUUAUUGUAAUGGAGCGGAACUCCUUCCAAUGUGCGUCUCGUCCGGUCUAUAUUAGUGAAGGUGGUAUCUAUAUACUUACUCCUUUUUUUCUUCUUUUUAAUUGUCGGAUUUUCAAACAAUUUCUAUUUCUAUUUAUUUUUAUUUA